AUGACUAGACAGUAUUCAUGCACUAAUGUAUUUGUUAACGAUAAAAAUCUUAACUAAAGAGCUAGUAUCACUUAAGAGUUGGUUUCUAAGCGAAUUAGAAGUUUAGACGAAUUUAAGACUUAGCUAAACACGAUCAUGAAAAUAAAAGAGCCAAACUAUAAAGAAAUAGAUAAAAUGUAUGAACCCAAUUUACAGAGAGCUACUAAUCUUAGCAAAAAUGAUGGGACUACUAAAGUAACUCCUAUUUUGAGUAAAGAUGAAAGAUCUUAAAGGUAGUAGAAACAAGAUUAAUAAACGACUAAGCUUACUCUUUAAUAACUUAAAGAUGAACGUAUACAGUUAAAAAUUAAGAUUAAAGAGUUAAUUAUCGGAUAAAAGGAUGCAAUUUAUCUCUAUGAGAUGGAAAAGGUUGAAAAUGAGAGACUAUUAUAUUUGAUAGAAAGACUGAAGGUACAAAAGUUUCAUGAUGAUAUGAGAAUAGUAGAUUUGACUAAAGAAAUUGAAAUGAACACUGAUCUAAUGUCUGGAUUUUCCAAUGCCAAUUUCAUCCUAAAAUCAAGAACUGAGGUUACAAACACCUUUGUUGAUGACUCUAAAAAGACAAUUGAGAGAAUUAGGUAAUCAAGAAUAACCCAACUGUCAGAUAAGUUGAGAGAGUUGCAUCAGUCAAUCGAAGAUCUAGAAAACUUAAAAAAUGACUAUAUAGUUCUAAAGGAAAAGAUUAAUAAAGCUGAGGCAAGAUAUGAUGUGGCACACAAAGAAAGAAUAAAAUACGAUUAAAAUGUGCAAAAUAAAGGUUAAAUAGAGUCAUAAAUUAGAAAGAGGAAGGAAUUAGAACUAGAAAAGCUUGUUAAAAUCAGGGAUAUGAUGAAGUCUGAUCAAGAAAUUUUGAAAAAUCAAAUUAAUAAUGAGUCAGAGUUCUCACUUAUGAAAAUUUAAAGAUAAAUCGAAAAUAAGAGAGAAGACAAUUAGAUUAUGCAUAAGAAAAAUGUAGAGGUUAAACUGAGGGAAGAAAAAUAUGACUCUUAGCUGAAGAUAUUCUACUUCAAGCUUAUUUAAAGAUUACAAAUUAUUAAAAAUAAGGUAGGGGAGUAUUAGGAUAUAACAUGUGAUUGGCAAGCACUAUUACCUAUUCAGUAGGAAUCAUAAACAUCGGAGUAUCUCAAAUAGCCAUCUAGAUAGUAAAGUGGCGCAAUGAUUGGAGGUGGGAAUAAUUCUCCCUUGCUUGGUGCAAGGAAAAGUAUAAACCAAGCUAGUGGUCUGAUGAAUAAAUUUAGAAAUGUGAUUAAGAGAGCCUCAAUCAAGUCUCCUAGCUAAGCCUUGAAUACUAGUGUCUCAAAUUCAUCAAUUAAGCCUAAAAACAAUUUGCUUAUUGAUUUCCUUCAGCAAAGUGAGAUUGAUGGCUAUAAGUAAGACCCGAAAUACCAGUAAAAUAGAGAAUUUUCUAUGAAAUCUUCGUCUAUAGCAGGAGAUAACAGCAAAGCAAACAGCAUUCAUAUGACUCUUAUGAGUACUUUAGGAAAAGGAAAAUACUAGCAAAAGAAUAAUAGGGUUAAAUUCGUGUAGUAGGUCAUGAGAGGCAAUAUUAACAAAGGAGAUGAUGACUCUUUCCUAACUGACACAAGUGAUGAGAUGAUACAUUUAAAUUAACUCAGAAAGACAUCAAGAAGCUAAACUGGGCAGACAAGGUCUCAAUCUAAACUUGAGCUCGAUGAAAACUUGCAGUAAAUGACAGAUAGACCACAAACUUAGAGUCUUAUGAGAAUGAGAAAAUAGUAGUUAGUGGAGAAAAGAAAUUACUUAAAGUAAUAUGUACAGACGAUUUCAAAUUUGCAUCGAGAAGAGGAUCAAUAUCUUCAGAGAUUUAAGGCUCUAUCUGAUCCCUAUCUUAUGGCUCUUACCAAUCCUUAAGCACUCUAAGUCACUAAAAAGACUAUAAUGGGCUAGCUCAAAUAAAUGAAGAGCAAGAAAGCACUGAGCCAAUGCCUUACUCAGCAAUAAUCUUUUUAGCAUCGAUAAUCCUUUGAUUCAAGCAGAUCUAUGUAAAGACUAAGGACAGCAUCAACUAAAAAUAAUAUGAAAGAUGAUGAGGCACAAUCUCAGAAUUCAAUGAGUAUCCUGGGUGGCUAAAAUUGCAAUAACAUUCAACCUUCAUCACAAUAAUUACAUUAGUAAUAGAAAAAGAAGUUAGCUGAUAUGAAAAUUCAAAGAGAAAGAACAAUGAAGGUUAAAUAGUUCUUAAAGGAAUUAGAAGUUAAGGUGUAGUAAAAACAAGAAUAAAGAUAAGCUAAGAAAAAGCCAGAAAAUUAAGUAUAGAUAAAAGAUUUCUAGUUGAUUUCUCAAUAAGUGGGAUAAAAUUUCUCAAGCACUAGUUACGCAUUGGCAUUGAGGAAUAUACCUUAACUUGAUCUCAAUAAGAUUAAAAGUGCAAUAUAGACGACAUUUUCUUCGAGGGAGUAUAGUACUGAAAAAAUAAAUAUAAAGAGGUCUAAUACUGAUAUGAAAAAUCUAUUAUAUCCCAGUUAAAUUGUCUAGUAAAAUGUUGAUUGCGAUGAUUUAAAUGCCGAAUAUAUUAUCUUCAAAAACAAAAUCUAAAAAAUAGAUAAGAAUCAGCAGAAUUCUGAUAACAGUAGUAAAGAAGAUAGUGAAGAGAGGAAAUAGAUAGUUAUUAAGUAGUAUUAUGAAGAUUAGCAUAAUCAAAGAAAAAUUGAAAAGGAAAGAAAUUCAAGUCCCCAGAAAGUAUAGUUUAUGAGAGUUAUGUCAUCAAAGUAAUAUCUAAACAGAGUAGAAUCAGUUAUUUAGGAUUAGACAAAGUAGUCAAUAACAUCGAGAGGAUAUUCUAGAAAUUUUUUUAGAAACAGACCGUUUACCAGCAAAGAUUUUAAAUUUAAGAGAAUGAAUGUUAAUCUUCAAGUCAAUGGCAAUAUGACUACAAGAAAUUUACCUAUGUACGAGGGAAUAGGCCCCUAAAAUCAUUUUGAUUUUCAUACCUAGCCAAAUAACUGUUUAAAUAUGAAAAGAGGAUCUCUUGAUUGGAUAUCUUAACUUAAGACCAAACUAGUAACUCAGAAAAAUAGCUUUAUGAAAGAUGAUUAAUAAUGA